GCCUUACAGUGUAGCUGCGCUCCAACGCCUGCCUUGAGCAGCCAACCCUGUCUUCAAGUUGGGCAACGACAACCGGAGUAUCAACAAGGUGACCUUCUAGGCAGCAGAAAGCGUUUUACCAACUCUAUCGCACUCACACACCAUUAUAUCUAUCUCAAUCCGAACCACGAACUCAUAAUCCGUCUUCUGUCGCGGCCCAAAUUCCCUCUCUCCUGUAUCAGUAACCCGCGGCAGCAAAUCUCUACUCUAUCCCAACAUGGCAUCACAAAAACGCAUCGCCAAGGAACUAGCAGAAUGCACCUCCUCCCCACCGCAGGGCAUGACCAUCAAGCUGCCCAACGACUCCGACAUCCACAAGUGGCACGUAACACUCGAAGGGCCCGAGGGCACCGUGUACGCGGGCGGGAAAUUCGGCAUCAUCGUAUCCCUACCAACCGACUACCCCUUCAAAGCUCCCAGCAUCACCUUCUCGACGCGCAUCUACCACCCCAACGUGACCAACGACAGCCUGGGCAACAUUUGUCUGGGGCUGCUCAAACCGGAGAACUGGAAGCCCUCCUCACGACUGUCGAGCGUGCUGGAGGCCGUGCGGGCCUUGCUCGUCGAGCCCCAGCCCGACGACCCGCUCGAGGCCCGCAUCGCGGACGAGUACCGCCAGGACCGCAAGGAGUUUGACAAGAACGCGCGCUCGUACGUGCAGCGCUAUGCUAAGGGGCCUGUUAAGUUUGAGAGUGGUGGUGGCGAGAGUGGCGGCGGAAGUACUAGUAACACCGGGGGAGGAGGCAACUGAACUGAAGGCGUCGGUGGUAGGUUAUAUGACAUUGACUUCCCUAGGAGAUUAGCGGGAGAGGAGAGCCUCCUUACGUCGUGCAAAUCUCGGCUUCGGGACGGCGGGGAUGGGCACACACACAAACGAAGCCUUGGAGAUGCCAA